AUGCGGGAAGUGGAAACAUCGGCAAUCACAGAAGCUACACAUCCUCCACAGUUCUCUACGAUGUUUCAGAAACUAGCCAUGGCGGUCAAAACCAAGACUUACGAGUUCUUCACCGAGGACGGGGAGAGAGUCGGCGUCGAUUCCGAUGCCGAGGGUUUCUCACUCCUUGACUCCGCCGAGGAUUUCAUCACCGAUCAGAAAGUCGUCGUCCUCAAACCCGACAGACCCCUCACCGCCAACACCCCUUCUCCGGGAUCUCCUGUUAAAUCUCCGUCGAGUGAUCCCAACACGAAGAUUCUCGCUAAACCUAAACAACCGAAGCUUUCUCAGGUUAGGAAAUUGGAUACCCAGAUAAGCUCGAGUUUGAUUUCGUCGGCUUUCGCGACGGUGUCUUCUUUCGAAGCUUCGUAUCUCCAAUUGCAAGCCGCGCACGCGCCGUUCGUUGAGGAAAGCGUCAAGGCUGCUGAUAGGGCUUUAGUCUCAAACCUCCAGAAACUAUCUGAUUUGAAGCAAUUCUGCAGAAACUAUCGCCAAAGUCUGGAUUUUGAUUCCGAUUUAGCGAUUGGGUCGUGUUUAGAGUCUCGGGUUCAGGAGAAUCAGAGCAAGCUUAGAGCUUUGGGAACGGUGUCAAACCGGUUACAAGCUGAGAUGGACGCAAAGGAUUUGCAGGUUCGGAGUCUGAGGAACAAAUUAGGCGAGAUUCAGAAGUCUAAUUCGAAGCUAUCGAAGAGAUUGUCUGCAGAUUCAACAGAUGUUCUGCUAUCGGUUAAGGUUUACGAGUCUCUAUUGCGUGAUUCCUUUAAAGCUACUCAGAAGUUCACUAAGAUUCUGAUUGAGUUGAUGGAAAAAGCUGGCUGGGAUUUGGAUUUAGCUGCUGAUUCUGUUCAUCGUGAAGUGGAGUAUGCUAAGAAGGGACAUAACAGGUAUGCAUUGUUGUCGUAUGUUUGCUUGGGGAUGUUUCGAGGUUUCGAUGGAGAAGGAUUUGAUCUAAACGAGAGUGAUGAAGAAGAAUCUGAAAUGUGUUGUUCAGAUUCUUCGUUGAGGGAGUUGAUGCAGCAUGUGUCGAGCGAUCCGAUGGAGCUUCUUGACAGAGAUAAAGAGUGUGGAUUCUCUAGGUUUUGCGAUAAGAAGUAUCACGAGCUCAUUCAUCAGAACAUGGCGUCUUCGAUAUUCAGCAACAUGGAUCAAAACGAAGCUGUGUUGAGUUCUUGGAGGUCUCUGGGCACGUUUUACGAGUCUUUUGUGGCAAUGGCUAGCUCGAUUUGGACUCUUCACAAGCUGGCAUUGUCCUUUGAUCCUCCGGUUGAGAUUUUCCAAGUGGAAAGCGGAGUUGAUUUUUCGAUUGUUUUCAUGGAGAAUGUUCUGAGAAGAAGACAGGAUAAGAAGAAGUUGUCGGUGAGUCCUGCUCGAGGCAAAGUUGGAUUUACAGUUGUUCCAGGGUUUAAAGUUGGGUGCACUGUGAUACAGUCUCAAGUUUACCUUCAAAAUGUAAAUGAAAGAGAUCGAUGA